CUUAGCGUGGGCUCCUUCUGUGUGGAGAUGCCGUAAAGGACACCUUUCUUUCACCUGCGAUCCUAGAAAUAUAUCCGCCGACUCAACAUUCCCAUCUCCUGUCCUAUUCUCUCCACUGUCAACUCUUCCUCUAGAGGUCCAUCAUCUUGUUGACGCAAAUAUCUCUACGGUGUGCCCGUCAUGAGGUUCAACACAGCUAUCGCUCCGGCUCUUUAUGCGUCGGCUUUGCUCGCCAGUACCGCACUGGCACAGGAAGAUGCUGAGCCAUCCUCAAGUGUCGUUGAACGACCAACCUUCACUCCUACCAGCUUGAAAGCUCCCUUCCUAGAACAGUUCACGGACGAUUGGGAUUCGAGAUGGACCCCUUCUCAUGCAAAGAAGCAGGAUUCCAAGAGUGAUGAGGACUGGGCCUAUGUCGGCGAGUGGUCAGUUGAGGAGCCAACUGUCUUGCCUGGCCUCGUAGGUGACAAAGGCUUGGUCGUCAAGAAUGCGGCUGCGCAUCAUGCCAUCUCGGCCAAAUUCCCUUCAGUCAUCGACAACAAGGGCAAAACCCUCGUGGUCCAAUACGAAGUCAAGCUUCAGAAUGGUCUGGAGUGUGGUGGUGCAUACAUGAAGCUACUCAAAGAGAACAAGGAACUACACGCCGAAGAGUUCUCUAACACGUCUCCCUAUGUCAUCAUGUUUGGCCCUGACAAGUGCGGAGCCACGAACAAGGUCCACUUCAUCUUCAAGCACAAGAACCCCAAGACCGGCGAGUACGAAGAGAAACACCUCAAGAGCCCACCUCAAGCCAAGAAUGACAAACUCACCCACCUCUACACUCUGAUCGUCAAGCCUGACAAUACGUUCGAGAUGUUGAUCGACAACAAGUCAGCCAAAAAUGGUAGCCUUCUCGAAGACUUCGCCCCUACCGUCAACCCUCCUAAGGAGAUCGAUGACCCCAACGAUAAGAAACCCGAAGAUUGGGUUGAAGAAGCUCGUAUCCCGGACCCCACGGCUACCAAGCCAGAAGAUUGGGAUGAGGACCAGCCUUUUGAGAUUGUUGACGAGGAAGCCGAGAAACCUGAUGACUGGCUUGAGGACGAACCUGCCACGAUUCCCGAUCCAGAAGCUGAGAAGCCCGAAGACUGGGACGACGAGGAGGAUGGUGACUGGAUUCCACCUCAGGUCCCCAACCCCAAAUGCGAAGAGGCCUCCGGCUGCGGCAAAUGGGAACCACCUAUGAUGAAGAACCCGCUGUACAAGGGCAAAUGGACUGCACCAUACAUCGAGAACCCAGACUAUAAAGGACCGUGGGCUCCUCGCAAGAUUCCAAACCCAGACUACUUCGAGGACAAGACCCCUUCCAAUUUCGAGCCGAUGGGAGCUAUUGGUUUCGAAAUCUGGACCAUGCAAUCCGACAUUACUUUCGACAACAUCUACAUUGGCCACUCCGUUGAGGAUGCAGCGGCGUUCAGAGCCGAGACAUACGACGUUAAGCGACCAAUCGAAGAGGAUGAAGAGGCGAAGAACAAGCCCAAGCCUUCCGAUCUCCCCAAAUCUCCUUCCGAUCUCAAGUUCAUGGAUGACCCCGUCACUUUUGUGAAGGAGAAGCUCGACCUCUUCAUCACUCUCGCGAAGAAGGAUCCCAUUGAGGCCAUCAAAUUCAUGCCUGAGGUUGCCGGUGGUAUUGGGGGUAUUGCCGCACUUCUCAUCGCCGUUCUCGUUGGUUUGGCUGGUAUGGGUGGUGCCGCUGCUCCUAGCAAGGAGGAUAUCAAGAAGACUGCUCAGAAAGCCAAGGAAGCUGCCGUGGAUGCCAAAGACCAAGCUGCUGAUGCCGCUGCAAGUGGCGCUGAGACUGUCAAGGCCGAAGUCAACAAGCGCACUACCCGGUCGACCGCGAAUGCCGAGUGAAGGGAUGAAUGAUUCAUGGUGACAUGGAGUGGGAAUUUGACUGACGUUCCGCCCCCGAUUGCGAGGACGAAACUGGGUCUGGUGUUGAGGAAUGGCCAAAUUUCUCUUCAGGAAGGCGAGACAAAAAAUUGGACUUGAAAUCGUCCUUUGCAAACAAGAUCACUCGUGCAUCACAGGCUAGACAAAUAGCAGGGAACGCACGAGGCUUUCUUAUGAGCUUAUGCAGCGCUGUAGCACCAAUUCAGGCAUCGUUAUGGACAAAGAGAAGUUUUCUGUUCAAAAUUCAAUACUCGCAAGAAUCUCGGCAUGAUACCAAGCCCAUAUAGAGGUAGCGAUACCUAUGUACCUAAAGUGCUCAUGAUAAGCAGACGAA